UCCUCCUCCUCUCUCUCUCUCUCUCUCUCUCUCGCACCGUCUCGAUCGAUAUCGUCCGUUCGUUCGUUCUAUCGGCACCUUCCUCUGUGAACAGGAAGAUGCCGAUCCUGGCCGUCCUUCCCGCCGGCCCCAACCUCUUCUCCUCCCCGCCACCCAAUCCCCGCAUCAACGAGCCCCUCCCCGCCAAUUCCCCUCCUCCUCUCCCCAUCCCUUGCCGGAACAAGAAGAAACCACAGCCGCCGCCGCCUCCCGACCCUUCGUCCCACGGUGCCCUCAAGGCCACCCACUUCCGCUCCCGAUACUACAAGCCCGUCUCCGAUGGAGUCGUCACCGGCGACGAUAGUGGCCGCUCCGUCGUCGUCGGCCCAUCCGGCGUAUCCUACCGCCUCCCCGGCGCCCCCUUCGACUUCCAGUUCAGCUACUCCGAGACCCCCAAGGCUAAGCCCCUCGCCCUCCGGGAGCCCGCCUUCCUUCCCUUCACCCCGCCCACCAUGAACCGCCCGUGGACGGGAAAGGCGCCGCUUUUGUCUAAGAAGGACAAGGAGAGGAAGAAAAAGAUCCGCCUUUUCGAGCCUUUGGGCCAUCCAGACGAUGGGGAGGAUGAUGAGGUGGCGGACGAGGAGGAGGGGAAGGUGAUGGAGAUGGCCGGGAGGGCCGUCCAAUUGGGUUGGUACCCCAAGGAUGGUCGGAGCAGGGAGGAAAUAUUGGGCCCGCCGCUGAAGAGGUGGGAGGUUCGUGCCCUCGUCAAACCCUGCUUGUCGCAUAACCGACAGGUGAAUCUUGGUAGGGAUGGUUUAACACAUAACAUGUUGGAGUUGAUCCAUUCACAUUGGAGGCGGCAGCCAGUUUGUAAGGUUCGGUGUAGAGGCGUUCCUACUGUUGAUAUGGACAACAUCUGCCAUCAUCUUGAGGAAAAGACUGGGGGGAAGAUCAUCUAUCGAGUUGGUGGUAUCGUGUAUUUAUUUCGUGGCAGAAACUAUGAUUCCCGAACACGUCCAAAAUAUCCUGUAAUGCUGUGGAAGCCAGCGACUCCAGUUUAUCCAAAACUUAUUCAGGAAGCUCCAGAAGGACUUACAAAGACAGAAGCUGAUGAAAUGAGAAAGAAAGGGGAAAACCUAAUGCCAAUCUGUAAAUUAGCCAAAAAUGGAAUAUACAUAAAUCUUGUCAAGGAUGUGAGGGAUGCCUUUGAAGAAAGUGAGUUGGUUAAAGUUAAUUGCCAGGGAAUGCAUGCAAGUGAUUACAAGAAAUUAGGUGCAAAGCUGAAGGAACUGGUUCCUUGUGUUUUGCUGUCUUUUGAUGAAGAAAAAAUAUUGAUGUGGAGAGGUAAAGAUUGGAAAUCAAGAUAUCAAGUUCCUUUGUCUUUUGAUAUGCGGCAUCACCACACAGAAAGUGGCAACUCAUCUGAUUUGAAUGAUUCAGAUGAAUCCAGUGUUUCCAGUGUUGAGUCCAUUUCCAGCAGUGAGAUCCUGAGCACAAAAAUGCUUUCUUUGUGGAAGCGUGCAGUUGAGUCAGGGAAAGCUUUCUUGCUGGAUGAUACCAAGCUUAGUCCAGAUUCUCUUCUCAAGAGGGUUGAGGAUUUUGAAGGCUUGUCCCAGAUCGUGGAACAUUCUUACCAGGCCUUAAUCCUGCCUGGUGGUAAAGAUCCUGAUGAUUCAGAAGAUUCUUUAGAACAAAGGCUUGCAACUGAGACAAAUGAUGAUCACAAUGACAAUGAUGGUAAUAGGGAAAUGGACACAUCCAAUAGAGAUUAUGAGUAUGAUAAUUACAGCGAUGACAUCUAUGGUUCAUUUGAUGAGAUUGAGCCGACAGUUCCUUUUGGUUGUUUACCUGUUGACUCAAUAGCAGAGGAGGCUAAGUAGGGACUGAAAAAUAUCUUCUGCCAGCAUAUACCUGCUUUCUCUCCUGGAAUUGUGGUAGAGUUUGGAUCUGUACUUCUCAAUUUUUUAGUCUUGCUGGUUCUUGUAUGUUAAAAUGGGUCAGUCUUAACAUGUCUCUUUCAUGCAAUACAAAUACGAGUGAUACAGAAAACCAAGCAGAGAUGUGACAGAUGGAAGUGUAAAUCUUCUCUGUAAGUACAUUCACUACAUAUUUUAUUAUUGUAAAAAAUGUAUAAAUCUUUUUGAUCAUUAUGGAAGUUCAUUUGAUCUUUGCUUA